CAGAAGCAUGAAGACGCGGUGAGGAAGCAACAACACCUGCUGACAGAAGUGGAGAACCAGAAGAGGAUGGAAGACUUUGUUGCGAAUGACCCAGAGGGAGCGCGCAUCAUUCGGCUACUCCGCGCCAUGUUAUUCAUCUGCAAGGAAGAUGCGCCCAUCAGCAUGUUCACCCGCCUCGUGGGCUUCAUGGCGCAUGAAGGGGUGAAGGACGUUCCUAAGCAGAGCUACGGUGUCUACAUAAUACAGUACGGCUUCAAGGAGAUGGUGAAAGCCAUGGUGGCUUUCUUGCAGGCGCAACAGAUGUCGCAUAUUCACGCAUCUCCAUUCAUCGGCCUCAGUUGUGACGAAAGCACCGACAGAACGCGGGGGAAGCACUUGAUCCUGUUUGCAACAUUUCUGAAGAAGCGGAAAGUGGUCACCGAGUUCCUAGCUUUGCUGACCGUGGACAAGUGCGACGCGGCUUCUCUGCAGGCGAUCAUCCUCUCCCACCUCGAGACCCUCGGCGUCGAUCUCCAGAAGAUCUCUGGCAUCAGUACGGAUGGGGCUUCUGUGAUGACAGGCGAGCAUCAUGGCUUGGUGGCUCGCUUACGAAUGCGCAUCCCGCACCUCGUGGGCGUCCAUUGCAUCGCCCAUAGAGAGUCCCUGGCUGUCAAGGAUGCUGCCGCGGCCUUCCCGGACUUCAAGAUCAUCGAUGCCGUCAUCCGCGCAUUGGGGGAGAUUGUUGGCCGUUCCACCCCAUGGUAUGAGCGCUUCAAGCACCUGCAGAUGGUCAUCCACAACACCAACCUGGAGCAUCAAGGACUCUACCUUAUCCGGUGGCUCUCACGUGGCGAUGCAAUCAAGAGGCUCUGCAGCAUUCUCGGAGCGGCGAUCGUGGACAUCACCCUGGUGUCCCAGGAGGUUGACCGCACGGUCACCUACAUCCGGCACCGUUACAUCGAGUACGGUGCGACAUUCGGGGGGGGGAUGAGCAAGAGGCUGACCAAGUUCCUGCAGCGGCAUGCCAGCGGCAAGCGCAGCAUCGUCGUCGAUGGCAUGGACAACGACGGAAGUCCCUGCACGCACGCAUUCGAACUCUCGGAGGAAAAGCUACCCGGCCACAAGUUCGGCGGCAGCAUGUCGGACUGUGAGGACCUUUGCUCUGCGUUCGCCAAAGACAUGGUGGCGAAUGUGGAGCAGAGGCUGUGGGAUCUGAAGCGGAUGGGCGGCGCGGGACUGUUCAAAGUUGAGUGCUGGCCGAAGAAGGCAGAAGUGCGCGAGCGGCGACAUCUCUCCUGGCUCGCAUCCAACGUCGCCCUCUUCGACCACAAGCUGCCAGGAGUGAACCAAAGGGCGGCCGAGCUGGAGCUCAAGACCUUUGUUCACAUCAUGAAGAACCACCGGGCGGAUGAUGACUUCAACCAGGGGCUGGCUGCCAUGCUCAAGACCCGCGACUGGCCUAAGAGCUAUCCCAACCUGAUGGCAUUGUGGCAGGCCAUGGCUGUGCUUCCACUGAGCACAGUGGAGUGUGAAAGAGGAUUCAGCAGACAGAACGUGAUCAAGUCGUGGCUGCGGACGAGCUUGUGCGAUGCAAGGCUGAGCGAACUCAUGACGAUCAACAUGCUGGACUACGACAUGGACUACGCCGAGAUCGUUGACAUCUGGAGGAAACAGAAGAUGCGAAAGCAGGCUAAGACAGUGGCCUAUGAGACUCCCCUCGACAAAGGCAAGAGUGCAGCCGAGGAUUCGGAUGAGGAGAUUGCAGCUAGUGAGGGUUCAUAUGAGGAUGAUGAUGAUGAUGAUGAUGAUGAUUGAUGAGAUGCUGCUCUGUUACCGUGCCAUGUGGAUGUGAGACAAUACUUUUU